AUGACUGCAACUGCGACAGUUAAUGCUUCUACAGCUGGACCAUCCAUGGCAGUGCAACAAGGGACACGCCGUCCGCGCUCACACUCCAUGGACGCUGAGGCUGAGGCUGAGAGAAUGACUAGAAGGCAAAGAUUGGAUGAUGGGUUUGAAGACAAAAUGGGAAAGUUCCAGCUCCUGUUUGAGCAGUAUAUCAGUGGUUCUGGUCAUCCAGACCAUCCCAAUGUUCAUACUCGAGUCAAUGAAGACUUCUUCAAGCAAGUAAAAAAUUCGACAAUUUUUCGGUUGCAGGCUUUCUUACUCCAGGUCGCUGGAACCAUAAUUCUUAACAAAACUGAUCCUCCCAUCAAAAUAAUAUUCCAAGACGUCACUCCAUAUGCUGUCGCCUUAGAGAAUGGUGGUUCACCUGUGAUGAUCUCAGUCUGCAACAGAAUCGUUCAUAUUACCUUUACACCACAGAUCACAGAAAUGAUGAGGAUCUCUCUCAGUUCCAACUCGGUAAUGGGCGAUGACGAGCGAUAUAUGUAA